AUGAAUUUGCUCACCGUUCAUGUCGCCGUGGUUUUGCAACUCCCCCUCCUGGAGUCCGUCGUUGCCCAGGCCGUUGUCCCUGUCGUCGCCGGUGAGCUUGCAUAUCUUAUAACUUCGCCAGUCACCGCCGCAUUUGUUUGCCAAGUUGUUGAGCGCCUCGUGCGUCAUCGGGAUCAUGCUCAGCAACACCUUGGCGUACUUGUCGGCGUCCGCCUCCCGGCACUCCGCGCCCGAGUAAGUGGAGAUGUACGCACCGCCGAACUCACCGGCGAAGGCACUGAGUCCCCUGCUCACGGAGUCCAGCGUGGGAGUGGAGGGCUUCUGGAAGCCCUGCGGCCUCAGCUGUGUGAGCGCGUCGGUGAGGUUGUGGAGCAGGCCUCGCAGCCUGUCGUCGAAGCCCUGCGUCACGCAGAGUCUCUCAAUCUCCUUACGGAGAUACUCGUCGAGCGGCGCGAAGAAAUUCUGGAACGCGGAGGACAAUGCUCGGAGCAUUCUGCUUUCCACGUUCCUGAGCCUGUUAAUGUUUUCGCUGCGCUCACCCUCCAUCUGCUUCAUGAGGCCCUUGUAGCCCAUGAAGAGAUCCCUGUUUAUCUCCUCAGGCAGCUCCCCCAGCUCCUCGGCCACCUUGGCGGCGAAGUGUUUCAGCGCGUCCCUGGCGGACUCCACGUAGUCCCGCCGCAUCUGUUUGGUGAGCUCCGCGAUUGCAUUUUCAAUCUCACUGUCUACGAAGCGUUCAAUGUUUUCUACUUUCUCCCAUUUUAUGUAAUCGGCGUUGGUGAGGAACUUGUCGCACAUGGCGAUGGCCGCCUGGAGGUCACCGGUGCGGAGGGUGUCAAUUUGUGUCUUGAUUUUUGCGAGGUCUUUGUCGAUGUUAUUCUCUUUGAAAAGCCCCAACUGCCAGUCGACACUGCCGGCUUCGCUCGCAAUCUUGGCGCACAGUUCACCAAGGAAUUUGUUGAUGUCAGGGACUGUAUCCCUGUUGAGCUCUUCAAUCUCUUUCUUGAUUUUCUUGAGGCAAUCCUUAUCGUCAUCAUUUGUUCCAAUCUUCUCUAUCAUGAAAUCCAUAUUCCUUAUCACGCCUCUUUUUUCUGCAUUUUCGCCUUCCUCACCCUGCAACUCACUCCUCAGAUCGUCAAGCUCCUUGGUGAUCUGGUCGACGCCACCGCCGAUUGCCGGAUGCUGUUGGGACAAUGUAGUUUGUUGAGUGUGAAGGUUAUUUUUAAUAUUUUCAAGGCCCUUAGUUCCCUGCCAACUUGCCUCAUUACUCAGCCCCGUGGUCAUCAAAUUGGUCAGCGCCUUGAUGACCUCACUGCCCAGCGCGCUCAUCUGCGCUUUGAGUUCCGCUUUGAUUGCUGCGUUGGCUGCUUGGAUGUUUUGCGGCUUUUGAGUAAACUCACCGGAUUGCAGUCCACUUAUCACGUUAUAAAUUACUUGCAAGCCUCCUUUUCCACCUUUAUCAAUCUCACUUUUUAA